AUGUAUCUGGAGGCCCUGGAGCGGUAUCCCAACGACGAGGCGAUUGACCAGGCGGCGGAGAAGCGAUUGUUGCGCAAGCUCGACAUGCGAAUUCUGCCGUUGCUGGGCAUCUGCUAUUUCUUCUAUUACGUCGACAAAACCACGCUCUCGUACGCCGCCAUCUUCGGCAUCAAAAAGGACCUCAACCUCGUGGGCGACGACUACUCAUGGCUGUCGAGCAGCUUUUACUUUGGCUGGCUGAUCUGGGCCAUCCCGUCCAACCUCCUCAUGCAGCGCAGCCCGCCCGCCUAUUACCUGGCCUUCAACAUCUUCAUGUGGGGCGCGCUGCUCAUGUGCCAGGCCGCGGUGAAGAAUCUGCAAUCCCUGCUGGCCCUUCGGAUUCUGUCUGGGGCCUUUGAGGCAAUUGCCGACCCGGCCUUUAUGCUCAUCACGUCCAUGUACUACACGCGGGCGGAGCAGCCGUCGCGGAUAUCUGCGUGGUAUGCGUUUAAUGGAGUCGGUGUUGCUGGGGGUGGUCUUAUUGGAUACGGCAUCGGCCAAAUCAAGGGAAUGCUGCCGUCAUGGCGCUACGAGUUCAUCAUUGUCGGUGCCUUUUGCGCCGCUUGGGGAAUCUGCCUCUUCAUCUGCCUGCCCAACUCGCCUCGAACCAUCUGGGGCUUUACGCAUGACGAGAAGCUCAUCAUGAUUGCGCGGAUGAGACGCAACCAGACGGGCGUGGAGCAGAACAGAAUCAACUGGAAACAGAUCAAGGAGGCCUAUCUGGACUACAAGACCUGGCUCUUCACGCUGCUUGGCUUCGUGUCCAAUAUCCCGAAUGGCGGUAUUUCCAACUUUUCGACUCUAGUCAUCCAGGGCCUGCAUUUUGAUACGCUGCAUACGGCUCUGUUGGGCAUUCCGCAGGGUGUGCUGGUGGUGAUUUGGAUUGGGCUGGGUGCCUUGGCGAAUAGGUUUAUGCCAAAUAACUGCCGGACGCUUGUCUGUGCGCUGUUUAUGCUGCCCACAAUUGCUGGAGCCCUGGGGUUCUUGCUUGCUCCAAACGAUGCAUAUGUGGGGAGACUGAUUUGCUUCUACUUGACCGGCUCAUACCAAGCCUCAUUCGUCAUUUCUCUCUCUCUCAUCACCUCAAACACCGGUGGGCAGUCGAAGAAGAUGAUUGUCUCGGGCAUGAUCUGGUUCGGUGCCUGCAUCGGCAACAUUGCCGGUCCCUUCUUCUACAAGGCCAACCAGGCGCCGUCAUAUCAUCUUGGGAUUGGCUCUCUCCUCGUUGCCAACUGCAUCGAACUGGCGCUCUUCUUUGUGUUCCGCUACGCCUUUAUAUGGGAGAAUAAGCAAAAGGAGAAGCUUCGAGCGGAGCUGGAAGAUCGCGGGGAGCUUAUUGCUGGCGAGCUGAAUGCCACGGCGUUUGUUGACUUGACGGAUAAGGAGAAUCCGAAUUUUGUGUAUGUUUACUGA